CGCGCGCGACGCCCUCCCGGCAGGUGGGGUCAGGCGCUCUCCCGCCUCCCCCGCGGUGGGCCUCUUCUCAAGCGGGCUCCGCAGCGGGCCUCGCGCCGCGGGGAAGGGCGUCCCGGGCUUGGGAAGACUGCUGAGGUUUGAAGACCCCUAAGGUCUAAGGUCGCUUGCUGUGGCCAGAGGAAAGGCAUCGAGUCCCGAGAGGGAACUCCAGCGGGAACCACCCUUUAAGGGGAAGGAUCCAGAAUGCAGCCUAGGAAUUGGGAGUCCCGAGUGGGUAGGGCCGGGUUUCUGCCACUCGGGAGCCCAGUUUAACCAGUCGAAGCUGGCCGGCACAGUAGGAGUUCCUACUCCGAGCGACAGCGGCGGCCGACGAGGCUCCGACACUCGCCCGAGCUGGUCGGCCGCAGCCCGACGGCUGCAGGGGUGGGUUUUGUGGACUGAGAAGGAUUCUGUCGAAAGCCGGGGGAGAAGGUUGGAGGGAGGGGCUGGGACUUACGCUGUUGUAGAGCGAUCCCCAGCUUAAAGCCUUCAGCCUGUCACCAGCCCGGAAUCUAGCUGAGCUAGCAGCUUCCGGGCGGGUUUGUAUAGGGAAGUCUACACCUCCAGCUCAGUGUAUCCUGCCCCCAAAUCUACCUGACAGCGGCUGAGAACAACCUGCCUCCUACUGGGACCGGAGGGUGCUAUCCUUAGUCCCAGCCCAGUGAAGAGCUGCUGGGGCUGGGUAGUCAUGGGGGAGGCCGGUAGAGAGGAGUAUAAAAUCCAGUCUUUUGAUGCAGAGACCCAGCAGCUGCUGAAAACAGCACUCAAAGAUCCAGGCGCUGUGGAUUUGGAGAAAGUGGCCAAUGUGAUUGUGGACCAUUCUCUGCAGGACCGUGUGUUCAGCAAGGAAGCAGGACGCAUGUGCUACGCCAUCAUCCAGGCAGAGAGUAAGCAAGCAGGCCAGAAUGUCUUCCGGCGUGGACUCCUGAACCGGCUGCAGCAAGAGUACCAGACCCGGGAACAGCUGAGGGCACGGUCCAUGCAGGGCUGGGUCUGCUACGUCACCUUUAUCUGCAACAUCUUUGACUACCUGAGGGUGAACAAUAUGCCCAUGAUGGCCCUGGUGAACCCGGUCUAUGACUGCCUCUUCCGGCUGGCCCAGCCAGACAGUCUGAACGAGGAGGAGGAGGUAGACUGCUUGGUGCUGCAGCUGCACCGGGUUGGGGAGCAGCUGGAGAAGAUGAACGGACAGCGCAUGGAUGAGCUGUUUGUCCUGAUCCGGGAUGGCUUCCUGCUCCUGACAGGCCUCAGCAACCUGGCCCAGCUGCUGCUACUAGAGAUUAUUGAGUUCCGGGCCGCUGGCUGGAAGACCACCCCUGCUGCCCACAAGUAUUACUAUAGUGAGGUUUCUGACUAG